GGUCCCCAUCCAAGUGACACGGUGGGACCAUGGAGGCAUCCGUCCCCGUGGGAGGUAUCACGGUGGCUCUCCUCUGCUGCUGCCUCCUGAGCUCUGCAUGGGCGCUGGUCGACCCUGAUGAUGUUCUCACAAAAGAAGAGCAGAUCUAUCUCCUGGUGGAAGCUAAGGAGAAAUGUCAGAGAGACAUAAAAGCCCAACUAGAGAAGAUCAAAGAUACCAGCUGCCUUCCAGAGUGGGACGGGAUUAUCUGCUGGCCAAAGGGCUCUCCCAGCCAGGAGGUGUCGGUGCCCUGCCCCGACUACAUCUACGACUUCAACCAUAAAGGUCAUGCCUACAGGUACUGCAGUGCCUAUGGGACCUGGGCCAUGGCUCUCAGCACCAACAAGACCUGGGCCAAUUACACCGAAUGCGCUCUGCUCUUCUCCUCCGACAGCCGGAGCCGCGAGAAGGAGGUGUUUGACCGCCUGCACCUGAUGUACACCGUCGGGUACUCCAUCUCCCUGGCCUGCCUCAUCGUCGCCGUCUGCAUCCUCUCCUACUUCAAGCGCCUGCACUGCACACGCAACUACAUCCACGUCCACCUCUUCACCUCCUUCAUCUGCCGGGCGGUGAGCAUCUUCGUGAAGGACAUGGUGCUCUACUCGGGCACACUGGCCAGCGAGACGGAGAAGAUGCGGGAGGACGACUUCAAGGCAGAAAUGGGUCCCUCGCCAGGACAACGGAGCCACCUGGUUGGCUGCAAGGUGGUGGUGACUCUCUUCCUCUAUUUUCUGGCCACCAACCACUACUGGAUCCUGGUGGAAGGUCUCUACCUGCACAGCCUGAUCUUCAUGGCCUUCCUCUCCAACAAGAACUACUUGUGGGUCCUCAUCAUCAUCGGCUGGGGUCUCCCCGCUGUGUUUGUGUCUGUCUGGGCCAGCGUCAGGGCCUCCCUGGCGGAUACACAGUGCUGGGACCUCAGUGCGGGGAACAUGAAGUGGAUUUAUCAGGUUCCCAUCUUGGCCGCCAUCGUGGUGAACUUCUUCCUCUUCCUCAACAUCGUCCGGGUGCUGGCCUCCAAGCUCUGGGAGACGAACACGGGGAAGCUGGACCCCCGGCAGCAGUAUAGGAAGCUGCUGAAGUCCACGCUGGUGCUGAUGCCGCUUUUUGGCGUCCAUUACGUGGUGUUCAUGGCCAUGCCCUACACCGAAGUCUCUGGGGUCCUGUGGCAGAUCCAGAUGCAUUACGAGAUGCUCUUUAACUCCUCUCAGGUACGUCGACAUGGGGCUGCCUGCCUGCUCCAAACACCUCGUGAUGCUCGUCCAGGGAGGGGGGAGGCACACGUACAGCAUCCCGGCUCAGGACUCAAACUCCACCUCUGUCUCUUUUUGCAGGGUUUCUUUGUGGCUUUUAUCUACUGCUUUUGCAAUGGGGAGGUGCAGGCAGAGAUUAAGAAAGCCCAUUUUCGGAGAAGCCUGGCGCUGGACUUCAAGCAGAAGGCGCGUGCCACCAGCGUGGCAGGGAGCUGCUGCUACGGCGGGCUGGCCUCCCACGCCACCACGAGCUUCAGCGUGAGCCUCGUGGGGCGAGGGGCAGGGAGCACGCAGCAGCGGGGGCUGCUGCUCCCUGCCCGUGGCAGCCUGCCGGGCUACAUCCCCAGCUCCUUUGCCUCGGAUAACUUUUUGCCCUGUCCGACCCAGGAGAUGAGCCAGAAAGCCUGUGGGGAAAACAUAGUGGACUUAGCAGACCUGAGUCAGCAUCACCCCAACGUAGACAAAGAGCUGGAGACGAUGCUGUGAAGUGAACGGUGUGUUUUCCAUCCGGACAUCCAACUGUGCCUGGAAAGGUGCUGAUCCUCACGCUUUGGGCUCCUUUUACGCUUGCAUGGAGACCCGGGGUAGGGGAUAGCAGCUGGAACAACACAGUUCCCUUUCCCUCACAGCCAGUGUGCAAAGGGACCACGUGCUCUUGCUCCUUCUACCUAUCUGGCCUAAAACCAAGCAGCCAGUUCAAAACCUCAUUUCCUUCCACGUGCAAGUGAUUGAUGUAAGUGAUGUCUGUGCAUGCAAAGCCUUGAA